UCUACCAACUGCGCAAGCGCACAUUUUUUAACCUACAAGUAACCCCAAAAAAUUAUUUUCGAAUAAUUUCCCAAAAAGCCGGAUUGAUUGUGUAAUGUCCCAAUUUGCAAAGCCAGUCCUCAGUUUAAAACACUUUAUUUUGAAACAAGAAGUAAAAAAUCUUUACAGAAAAAUCUUCAGGGCUAUAAAGCAAGUCCCCGACCCUGCACAUCGGCAAGAACUAAAAGAAUGGGCACGACGUGACUUUAGGAGUAACGCUCAACACACUGACGAAAUAACUAUUAAAAUGUACAUAAAGUAUGGAGAAAGGUGUUUAAAGGAGUUGGAAACUACGAUUUCUCUAGCAAAAUAAUAAGAUUCAAGGGUUGUGAUUUAAAAUGAAUAUACUUGUUAUCUAAAAACA